AUGCGUUUCCUUGCAGCAGCGGCGAUGCUUUGCGGCCUCGCUGCCGUUCACGGCUCCUGUCCUGCUGGCCAAGAAGAGGUCACCAAGACGUGGCAGAUCAGUGCGAGCGAAGACGACUUCGAAGUGUCCCAUGCCUUUAUGACGGUGUCCUUGAGUGAUACUGAUCUCGAGCUGGGUGCUGACAUGAGCCCGGACACCAGCAAUAACAUCCCCGGAAAGCAGACCGUUUUCCUGAUGUUCCGCAACGUGGACCUGGCGUCGGAUGCGACAAUCAACUCUGCCCGUGUCGUCUUCACAGUGGACGGCACAGGCGGCUGCUGCGACGAACCCCUGGAGGUCACGGCGAAGAUGGCGUUGAACCCAUCCACCCUGAAUGUGACCAGCCUUACGGCGGCAGCAGCCUUGAACAUCUACGAGAAUGCAUCCACCAACGCCAGCGUGACCUACGUGCCUGAUGUCCACACCGUCAUGGGUGCCGAGGUCAGCACUCCGGACUUAUCCGCACCUCUGAGGGAGGUCCUUGCGCACAGUAGCUGGGGCAACUGGGUGCUGGUGAUCUUUGGCGACAGCAACUCUACCCGCGGACCGGAGAGCCGGGAGUACGAGACCUUCGACGGAACGCAGCCGUCGCAGGCCGCCAAGUUGGUGGUCGGAACUUGCCAAAUCCCACAGGGGAGCACGUCAAAUGCAAUCCCGAGGAGGUCGCUGGGUGUAUUGCUCUUCUCAUUUUUCGCCUUUUUGGCUAUGUGA